AUGCCUCGUGCGGGGCCGCACGCGUGGACGCAUGGGCUGCGCCAGACUGCACCCAGCUCCGUCUCGGGCACGAUACCAGCGACGUCGGCGACGAUGGGGAUGAACCACACGGCGCUGCCGUCGACGAUAGGACUCUCGGGCAAGUCGGGCGAGCACGGACGAAAGAAGCUCAGUGCGCUCGGUCGCAUUGGCUCCAACCUCUCGGCCGGGGCCCUCAUUCUUCUGUCCCUUCUGACGCUCAUCGUGCUCAUCACACAGGGCAUGUUUGACCGGCUCGUCAUGUCCAACAACGGACAGUCUGCCGAUUACUUUUGGGCUCCGUACAGUGAAACGUGUGCGCUGGCGCCAACGGGUUGGGUGCCAAAUUCGUGCUCGGCCCUCGAAGCCAAUGCGACAACACCGGAUGCGUGGGCAGCUCUUGGCCACAUCCUCGCUACGCAAUGGUCGGCGGAGCUCGAAGAAGCCUCGUCAUUGUACAUUUCUACCUGCAUUGUCGGGGGGAACACGGCUGUCGGGUGGGGCGUCCUCAUCUUUAUUGCUGGCUACGAUGCGUACCCAGCGUGCAUUCCAACGACCGGCGGCCAGCCAAUCGCCGGCAUUGCCAUGCUAGAAACCACGGUUCGAGACGACCACGGCGUCUACCUCCUUACACUCUACUCGGACAAAAAUGCGACCAUGCAGUCGAUCACGCAUCACCGCAACACGGACGGCACGUCACAGGACAUUGUGUCGACACCACUGCGAACUGCGAUUGCCACCGAUGGCAGCUACAGUGCCGAUGCGACGGGCACGGAUUUCAUCGUGCUCUCCACGCCGCUGACGACGCGGUAUACGGUCAACGUCUAUUGCAUCUCGCAGAUCCAGGUUGCGUCAAGUCUCGGACUGCCCGGAUGGAGCCAAGGCAAACACGGCGGGAUUCCAGUCACACCGGCGUGGCUCUGUGGCAACCAAGUCUCAAACGCGUCCGAGCUCAUCGCGUUUCAGAUGAUACUCAUUGUGUUGACAGUGCUGGCGCUCAACGGCGACUUUUACAUCACCUUGGAGGGCAUCCGCGGUCUCAUCGCAGGCAAGCCCGUGCUCACAAAACACACGUUUGGCGUCGUGCCGUUCGACCCCAAGCCCCAUAAAGACACCGAGACGUACGUCGUGAGUGUCUACUGGCUUGGAUGCGCCAUGCUACCAACGUCCCUCGCGUGGCUACGCCCGUACGUGGCUGGUGUCGUCGUCGAGAACCACUUCAAAGUCGAGCGACAAUCGCCGACACAAGAGACCCUCGACCGCAAUCGCGUGUACCGCUACACCCGCGGCAACUGCGUCACAUGA